CGGUCGCUGGCUUCCCUCCGCCCCCGAGUCCUGGAGAGCAUAAAUACCCGGGCUGCUGGUACUGCUGAGGCUUUGCCUCCUGGUCCAGCGCAAACGCCUGUGUCCUCCUGGUCCGAGGUCUCCGCGAUGGAGCAGCAUUUUCUCGGUGUGCAGGAGGCUCGGGAUUCCGUAGAGGGGGCGCCAGAGCCCCAGCCUCCGUGUAUCCGCAGCUGCGACGAUUCUGAACGGUGGCCGCUCUCUUUCUACCACAUACUGGACCCCACACCGGAAGAGUCCUCGUGCCACGGCGAUGAUUUCCAUGGAGAACUGCUUUCUAGUCCUUGCUGGCGGCUGCGCUUGGUCUACAGGCGAAAUGGACCGUUGCCCCGAGCCCAGAGCACCUUGGAACCAAGCCCAGCCCCGCCCACUCGGGGCUUCUGGCCAGAGACACAGAAGCAGCCAGAGGCAAUCGUGGUAGACUUGGACCCAGCAGAGGAACCCGACGGACUCGCGUUCCAGCAGCUUCCCUGGGACAGGCUGCAAGACGCCGGCGACAGACAGCAGGACAGCGAGACCUCCGACAGCGGGCACCCUUCAGAUCGCCGCCGACCUCCCGUCCCCGCUUGGUGGAGCCACCACCGGCUUUUCUCAAGCUGCUUGGACUGGAUUGGUCGCGCAGUGCACACCGUGAGCUGUGGCUGCUGCCAGACCGUCUUUGGCUCUAAGGAGCCUUGAGAUGCAGCGAGAGCCUUUUUGGAACUUUCCCCAGGAAACGAUUCUGGGCUACAAGACCUGUCCGCUUACGGAAUAAAGAUGCAUUAAGGUGUCCCUUCA